UGCAAUGCAAUCUGGGAGGGGAAAAAAACUGAUUACUGUAAUUUAAGAGAAUUCCGUUAUUUACAGGAAUUUACUGUAAAUUUGAAACAGCAAUGAAUCUUGGGAAGGUGAGAAACAGUGCGGGGAAAAAAGACAAAGCGAACGCAGCGAAGAGUUUCUUUUAUUUUCUGGCAAAAGCUUGAAUGCAACUUGCGUCUUAUUUAAACUUAAACUUUGUAGCAGAUCUGUGAGUCUCUGCCACAGACAGGCUGCACUCAGCUCAGCCUCUUGUGUCCAGAGCUGCAUCGACAACCUCCACCGAGAUGCUGGAACCUAGUGAUCUACUCAGGGAGGCCAUCCUCUCUACACUUCCCAGGAUCCCUGAAGAGUCACUAAGACAUAUGGUGGAGAAGCUGAUACAGCAAGGAGUAGAAACAGAGGAAGACCUGCAAUAUGUGAGAGAGGAAGACAUUCAAGAGUUCAUGAAGCCCAUUCAGUGCAGAAAACUUCUGGAUGCAUGGAAAUAUAAAGAGCCUGUGCCCAUUUCUUCCACACCGAGGCAGAUAUUCCCAUGCAUCCAACAAGACCAAAGCUCUUCAUUUUCAAGCAGUUCUCAGUCCUCUCCUCCAACAUCACCCUUGCCUGCAAGAGCCAACUGGCCUGACAGUUUUCAAGUAAACUGGGACCAGAUGCCUCCUAGUCUGAAAACAGCCAUCCAGAAUGGGAAAAGGCCUUCACCAGCAGAUAGGCGACAGAUGAUCCGGGUACUUGUUGAUGACAUGCGGAAAAUUGAAGUCAAUCCAAGUAGAGCCCAGUGUCUCAUCAUUGCAAGGAACAUAGUGAGACAGUAUCCCCAGUCAUUUACGGAUGCGAUGGAUGACAGAAAAACAACUGUAGGAGCAGGACAUGAAUCGCUUCUGUAUCAAAUAAAGACACGCAUUGAACAUUUAAACAGAAACAACACCGUAGCUCAUCACAGAAAAGCAAAGAAUGGACAUGGGGAUCAACCACAACGAGGACCUGCGGACACCUACGGCUGCACACAAUGGCAACCUGAGCUUCCACCUGAGGAGACAGAAGUAUCUCUGGAAAAUAAGAGACAAAAGCUGAUAGCGAUCUUUUCACAUGAAGGUUCCUCAGGAAUGGAAAGAGCAGAAGUGUUACAGCUCAUGGUGGCAACAUAUUGCUUGCAACGGCAAAUGAUAAAUGCCAGUCCAGCACCAGCUUUGGCAGAUGUGAAGAACAAAUGGCCAUAUUUGUUUUUUCCAAGGAGCAUGUGCGCUCAUUUUGAACUGCUAACCAAUAUUCCAGUUGUCCGAAAGAUGGAGGCCUUUCUUGAAGAGCAUGGCAGAAACAUUCUGGAGUUUUUCAAACAAAACCCAACAAAUGCUGAUGUAAAGGCUGUUCUCUACAGGAGUGACUGCAGUGUGACUGCUUUAAACAUCCUGCCGGUUCUGAUGGCACACUUCAAGGAACCACUGGAUGCCCUUAUAAUAGAAACUGAUGUGUCUGCCACGCCAGCCAUUGUGCAGAUGACUGUUUCAUUGCCUGACACACCACGGCUGAUUGUGGUUGAAGUGAUGUGUGAGGGAACAUCCUUUUUGCUUGGUCUCGCUGUGCUCUUCUCGUCCUACUACAAUUUCAGCUUGCAGUAUCAACAUGAUGCUGCAUGCACGUUGGAAUUCAUUCAGAGAUGUUGCAUUGACAUCAAUCCAGAGAGGGGCACAAAAGCAAGCAAUGAGAUGGUGCACAGUAAGAAGAGCGGAAAGAUGGUGAAGAAGAAGGCAACAUCGGUGAAUCCACAUGUCUGCACACUCAUCAAAAAGCUGAGUGACUUCAAGUGGAACUUUGUCUGAGCAUGCAUGCAUGCACUCACACAUGCACGCGAGCGCAAACACACACACACACACAUACACACACUCUCACUCAUUCAGUGAUUGAACCCCAGUGUUAUCUCAUUCUCAUGGAACACAAGGAACUCCGUUUGAUGUUCAAGAAAAAAAUGUUAAAAAACGUUUCAAGAAAAACAGUUGCAUAAUUGUUUUGUGUUCACUCUAUACUUAUACACUCAUGCAACUAGAAUGCUGCUCUUCUGCAGCAAGUUACAGUAAUUAAAAGCAGUUUAUUUGAUGUUCCUUAUCAGUGGUUAUUGCCUCUUAAUCACCUAUAUUUUUUUCAAUUUCAUUUGCGUGCCCCAAUAAACACACUUAUAACAG